AUGGGCAAAAGUAAGCUGAAGCUUGCCCUGGCGGCCGAGAAAAGGGUCGACUUCAAGAAAUUGAAACAGAAGAAGAAGCAUAAGGAACGCGUCAAGAAACGCCAAGAGAGAGAAGCAAAGAACGGCGGGGUGCCCGGAGACCGGGAUAGUGAAGAUGACGACGACGACUGGGAGGGUGUCGACGAGGAAGACGAGGACGAUGUCGAGGGGGGCGCACCGAUUGGGGAGGAUAACGAAGAAGACGAAGACGAGGGCGACGACGAAGACGACGAAGGAGUCGAGGGCAACGGCUUUCUAGACCUCGAGGCGUUAGACGAGAGCGACAGCUCAGACUCCUCCAUAGACCUCGAGGAAAAGAUAGAGCGGCCGCGGAAACCUGCGCUCCAGGAGGCCAACGUUAUCACGAAUGGGGAUAAGAAGGCGGCGAGGGGCAAGAAGCACGAGGGCAGCGGCGACGAAGAGGAGAACGACGACGAGGAAGAGGACGAAGAAGACAUUCCCCUGUCGGACCUGGAAGACCUCCCAGACGACGAGAAGGAAGAUCUGGUGCCGCACUCGCGGCUCACGAUCAACAACACGUCGGCGCUGCUGGCGUCGCUGGGGCGGAUAGCGAUGCCGACGGGGGCGUCGGCGGCGUUCUCGACGCACCAGAGCGUGGCGGGCGCGGCGCCGACGGCGGACGGGAUCGAGGACGUCCAGGACGACCUGGGGCGGGAGCUGGCGUUCUACGCGCAGAGCCUGGCGGCGGCGAAGCGCGGGCGGGCGCUCCUGCGCGCCGAGGGCGUGCCCUUCUCGCGCCCGGCCGACUACUUCGCCGAGAUGCUCAAGGACGACGGCCACAUGCAGAAGGUCAGGGCCAAGCUCGUCGAGGACGCGUCCGCGAAGAAGGCCGCCGCCGAGGCCCGCAAGCUCCGCGACCUCAAGAAGUUCGGCAAGCAGGUCCAGGUCGCCAGGCUCCAGGAGCGCCAGAAGGCGAAGCGCGAGACCCUCGACAAGAUCAAGACCCUCAAGCGGAAACGCCAAGAAUCCUCGCACGACGUCGGCGCCAACGAGGCGGACCUGUUCGACGUCGGGGUGGACGCGGAGCUGUCGCAGCACAACGCGCGGAAGGCGUCGUCGCGGAGCCGGGACGGCGCGCCCGCCAACGCGAAGCGCCAGAAGAAGAACGAGAAGUACGGCUUCGGCGGCCGCAAGCGCCACGCCAAGUCGGGCGACGCGCUCAGCUCCGGCGACCUCAGCGGCUUCAACGGCCGCGGCGCGAAGGCCGGCGCGCACGCCGCCAGGAGGAGGAAGCCCGCCGCUGCCGCCGCGCGCCCCGGCAAGAGCCGCCGGAACGCUGCCGCCGCCAGGCGGUGA